AUGGACGAUCGAUCGGUGCUCCACUAUGAGUUGGGUUUCUACGAGAAAAGUGGUACAAACUGUUAUCGAGGGACGCUAACGUUCGCCCUUCGUUAUGAUUUUAUUCAUCGGGUUCUUAUGCUGCAUGUGCUCAGAGCUAAUCAUCUCUCAGUUGAGGAAAAAGGUCGAACGGUUGACCCAUAUGUGAAGAUGUAUCUGUUACCAGAACGGCGGAAUCACUGUAAGACAAGAAUUUGUAAGAAGACACUGGACCCUGAUUUCAACGAAAUGUUCUCAUUCGAUGUUCCGUUUAACAGCUUAUCAGGCAGAAUGUUACAAUUCACCGUGUACGAUUUCGAUCGAUUCACCCGGCACGGUUUGAUAGGGAACGUUAUAAUGAGAGAUCUGUUCGAUAAAAGUGAUCUUUACACUUGGACUGAGUACACCAUGCAAAUCGUUGGCAGUCAGGAAAAGAACGAUUUCGGAGACUUAUUACUGUAUUUGUUGUAUUCUCCUAAUGAACAAAAACUAUAUGUUACCGUAGCCAAGGCGUACAAUCUCCGACCAAUGGAUAUUACGGGAGCCUCAGAUCCAUACGUGAAAGUGGAACAAGUUUAUCGUGGUAAACGCGUGAAAUUACGCAAAUCAACGUGCAAAAGGGCCAACUUGAACCCUGUCUAUCACGAAACUUUGGAGUACGAUCUGCCACUGAAUCAAAUAGCGGAGACAAACAUUCUCGUACAGGUCAUGGAUUGGGAUCGAAUAGGGAAAGAUGACCUGUUGGGAUGCUGUGUUCUUGGCAAGGAUAGCCCAACAGUGGAAGGCCGAACUCAAUGGGAGAAUUGCUUCCUGUCACUUGCUCAAACGGAGGUGAAUGGACAGAAAAGGAAACCAAUUGGACAAUGGCACAGUAUCCUAUCGGAAGUUCCCGAGCAGUUCCAGAAUAUACCAAAAGCGAAGAAAUAG